AUGACUGAUCUGACAUUCGCAAACACUCCAAUACAAUGCUGGGUAACUUUACCUGCUGUAUGGUCAGAGGAGGCAAAAUGUGCUACUUUAAAGGCUGCCAAGAAUGCCGGGUUUGGUAUGAGGAAAGGAGACGAAAUUUUCACGAUUGCCGAGCCAGAAGCCGCAGCAAUUGCGACGUUGAAGGAAUACUCCAAAUUAGGUGCCAUGAAUCCAAUCUUGGUGCAGCCAUUCCUGACUUUUGACGAACUAUAUGUUGGUGGAAAAUGCGGCUCAACGUACAUCGAUAGGAAUUUUCAUUCUCUGCUCUCCAAACGAUUUGGAUCGGCAUUUGAUGAUCUGCCAUUUGGCCAAACGGGUCCAGGCAGUAGGUUUAUGGCGGCUUUCGAAGCAUUGAAACGAGACUUUGGACGUAACGAUGAGAGAGAAGUAGGGGAGGUGGGCCCUCUCAACCUUGGUAUCUCCGAUUGCGAAUAUUAUGAUGAGGAGGAUCGAAUUGUCUUGCUCACAUACAAGGAUAUGCAAGCCCUUUUCGAUCCCGUGGUCGCGGAAAUUACGAACUUGAUAAAACAGCAAGUGAAGGCGGCAAAGGACACUCAGAAUGCGAAAAUAAACGGGGACGAUAUUAAAAAAGGUACCUCCAGAAUUCUUGACUGCUUUCAGGUGUACACACCUCAGACAGAUACAGUAUUGGCAAGUACAUUGUAUCAAUGUGUAUUGGCAGAACCUCCCGAAUAUGUUUCUGAUACUGUUGGGAGUAUUCGAUCACAUCUAGGCGGUAACUUCGAUUUCGGUGAAAAUAUCGAACAGCAAUACAAUGCUCAACUCGGUCGCCAGGUGCAGGCGAUUAGUCUUCAGCAACAAAUCCUGUUCGGUAAUAAGGGUGAUAAUCUCACAUUCAGUUGUCUUAUUGGCGGAAAGGAGAUAUGCAAGUCAGACAUGAGUUUCGAUCGUUGA